GGAUGAGUUCCAUCUCCAGCCGGCCGCUCGCUCGUGAUGGAAUGUACCCGCAUCCGUCGUGCGCCCCAUGCGCUCCGACGCUAGAUUUUCCCCCGAUUAACCUCCUCCUACCUUCAAGAACCGGCGCGCCGACGGCGGCGAAGCUGCUCGCUACGCUCACGUUGCACAUGCACCUAUCGGGCCUUGGCGAGCCGACUACAACGGUAGCGGCGGCGGUGGCCGCGGUGAACACAGCACAGCAUCCCCAUCUGAUCAGCUCACACAGAUGAAAUGACUGCACGAAACGAAAAUCAAGGAGACGAAAAAUAUGACGCUACGGUGAUGGCAGCGUCGGUGGAGAGUCUAUCCGAGCGCCGCCGCUGCCUCGUGCCGCCGUUUGCCACCGCGGCUACUGGUCCUCGUGGGGGUAGGGACGAACCGAGCUCCAGCUUUGACAUUGGCCAGUUCCUGCGCACUCCCGAGGGCUCCGAGCUGUGUGCUGUUAGCACCAACAGUAGCGCCCGUAGUAGUAGUAGCGGCGGCGCGACCUCAAGGAUAGGUACCGCUAACGGUGCUGAUCCGGACCAGGCCAACUCUGCCUCCGCUGUAGGUGCUCGCAGCUGCGGCAGCAGCAAUGGCCGGCAGCAGCAAGCCCUGCACGCCGCACUGUUGCCGACACCCGGACCCGUAGGCGUAUUCACCCGCGAUGUGUCAGCCCUGCUCGCCAACAGCUGCAGUAGCGACAACAGCGCCGACGACCCUCGUGGCGGCGGCAGCGGCGGAGCGAGCAUGAGCAUGAUGAACAUGGGCAUGGAUAUGGAUAUGGAUAUAGAAAUGGACAUCCGCAUGCUGGUUGAUAUUGCCAUGGGUACCGACACCGGCGGCGGCGACGUCGGCUCGAUGCACGCCUUCGAUAUGGGCAACAUGUCCGGCCUGCCGAUGGAUGCCAUGGGCAUGCCGUUGGGCGUAGGCAUUGAUAUAGGCACGAGUACGGGUUUGGGCAUGGGUAUGGGCAUGCGCAUGGACAUCGAAAUGAACAGAAACCCCUCGCAGACCGACUCAACGUUCAGCACCGGCGGUGGCACCAGCAGCAGCAGCAGCAGCUUAGGCCCCACACGCGCCGCCUUCGGUACUUUCUCCCCCUUUGUCGACGACUUCAGCAUUCAGGCGCAUGCCCAAGGUGCGAGUGCCGGAAGUGGCGGCGGUGGGACUGGGAAUGGGAGUGGGAAUGGGAGCGGAAGAGGAAUAGGUCCACCUGCUAGUGACGCCGCUAUGGCGCCGACCUCAUCGGCAACUUCACCAUCACCAUCAGGGUCAAUGACAUCGACAUCUGCAAAUGUGGAUGCGGAGCAAUUCGCCCCACCAGCCGCAGCGGAAACAGGAUCAGGCUCGGUGCACGAUGCGAUGGCCGCGGUCGCGCGUGCGAACAAGCAGGGUGCGCAUCAGCAGCAGCCGCACAAAGCUCCGUACCAGCAGCAGCUCGAGCGCGAGCAGCAGCGGCUCUUCGAGCCUGACGACGGACAGCAACAGCGGCGGCAGCAGCGGAUGUACAAUAGCGAUGAGUCGUACCGCCGCGCCGCGUUGCAACGGCACCAGCAUCUCCUCUCCAACCUAGUUGGUGCGACUGCGCAGCAGGCAGGGACUAUGUCAUUGUCGAUGUUGACGCCGAUGCAGUUGCACAUGCCAGUGCCGGUGCAGAUGGAGAUGCCGAUACCCAGGCAGAUCCAACUGCACCCGCUGUCGACAGCGGAUGGUCAGCAGCAGCAGACGCAGGCGCACGAGCAGUGCAACGUCUUGCGCACGCGCAAGAGGGUCACGAGCAGCAGUGGCAGCAGUAUGCGCAACAGGGGCUCUGCAGACGUCGCUAGCUCCACGAGUGGGCACGCGUCAUCUUCGGCGGCCGGUGCCGCUUCAAGCGCAGGUACGGGCGCAAGUGGAAGUACAAACGCAGGAGGAGGCGGGUUUGGUGCUGCCAGGAUGUCCCUGCAACAGCGGCGGCGGCGGACAAAAGCGCAGCAGCAGGCGCAGCGCAAGCAGCAGGAGCGGGAUCGAGAGGAGGCAGAGGCUGCCGCUGCCGCAGCAGCAGUGCAAGCACAGGCACGGGCACAGGCACAGGCACAUGCACAGACGCACGCAGCCGGGCUUCCUUCGCCGCCGACACCCAAGUUGCCGAUCCCAUCCGCGGAGCCCCCGCUGCAUGCGCCGCCCCUGCCUGAUAGAUCGCAGGUCAACUGGAAGCUAGCGCUGCUCAAAGUUAUGUUCCGCCCGGACGCGCAGUUGCACCUUGGCCCCGUCGACCACACGUGCUCGUUCACCAUCUCCGACUGUGCGCAGCGCGACGACCCGAUCGUAUACUGCUCCGAGUCUUUCCUUGAGCUCACAGGCUACAGCUCCGCCGAGAUCCUGCAGCGCAACUGCCGCUUCCUGCAGUCGCCCGACGGAAAAGUGGACAAGGGCGCGCCGCGCAUGUUCACCGACCAGGGCGCCGUCGCGCACCUAAAGCGCCACAUCGAGCGGCGCAAGGAGUCCCAGGCGAGCUUCCUCAACUACCGAAAGGGCGGCAAUGCGUUCAUCAACCUCGUCACGAUCGUCCCGAUUGAUUUAUAUGACUGCGGAAGCAUCACGCACCUUGUCGGCUUCCAGGUCGACCUUGCCAAACAGCCCGGCGCCGUCAUGCGCCACAUGGAGAACAGCAGCUACGUCGUCGACUACACCAAAGUCAUUGAUCACGAGGCGCACAGGACUGUCGAGGGCGCCAGCAUCUCCCCAGAGGAGCGAAGGCGUAAGGUGACCGACGCAAAGGUCAUCGCGGCGAUCUUGAAGGAGGAUGUAGGCGUGGAGGCAAUGGACGUCACUGACGGCGGCGACACGGAUGCGCCGGAGAUGAAGAAGAAGGCGGCGGAUUCGGCGGCAGAUGAUGACAAGUGGCCCGAGAUCAUCCUCAACAACAGCUCCGACCUGAUCUGGGCCCUGUCAACUAGCCUCGACAUUGCCUACGUCUCGCCGUCCAUCACGGCGUUCCUAGGGUACAAGGCGCACGACCUGGUCGGCAAGUCGCUCAGUCAUCUGUUGCACCCCGCCGACACCGUCCAGGUCUUCCGAGACCUCAAGGACGUUUUUCGUGCGCAGAAGGGCGGGCCGGCGGACAAGGAUAAGGACAAGGACAAGCGCGGGGCAAAGUGGAACAGCGAUGCAAACACCCGCGCUUUAGGUGCAAGCACCGACACUAGUGCUGUUGGCGCAGGUGCGAGCACCAUCGCAACGGAAGACACCGCUGCACCUCUGGAAGUCGGGCCGCCGAAGUCAUUGAUGGAAAGCUCAAACGUCUCGCGCUUCCCUCUGCGCAUGAUCACGUCCUCUGGCGCGUAUAGAUGGAUCGACAAUGUCGGCCACAUCCAGCGCGACACGCGGCGCAGCCGGCGCUACCUCGUCCUCGCUGGGAGGGCGCGCAGCAUUUACCACGUCUCGUCCGGUUUCCUCAACACGGAUAACGACGCUGCGCAGUCUGGCCGCUGGUCGCGCAUCUCGCGCGACGGCAUCAUCCUGCACAACGUUCCCACGCGCGUGGGCCACACUGACGAAUUUGCGGGCAUGAUCGGGCACUCUGCGCAAGCCUACGUCGCGCCCGAGUCGUGGCGCAGUUACCUCGAGGCGCUCCAGUCGCCCAACCCGGUGGUCCUGCGCUACUUCACCCGCCCGGGAGUGCUUGCAGAGGGGCAAGACGUUAUCAGCAAGUUCUACUCCCCCAGCGGCGACGGCAUGCCGCAGGACAGCUCACAGCAGGAGCUCAUGCGGAAAGAUGACGACAGUCGCACACGCUGGGUUCACACCAUCCCCACACCGGCAGAUACAAUCAUGCAGCCGAACACGGUGUACCGGUGUCCGGACGGCGAGACGGACCCGCACGGCGCAUUUCACUCCUCGAUCUUCUCCGAGUUCCUAUCGAAUCAGCAAAAUUCGUGGAUGGUCGAGCUGCGCCAGAUGCAGAUGCUCAACAAGCGGCUCAAGGAUGAGAUUCAGCGAGUCCGCGAAUCGUCACAAGCCAAACAGCAGCAGCAACAACAUCAUCAUCAGCAGCAGCAGCAAUAACAAGAACAUCCACACCAACGGUAGCAGCAGCGAUUACCUUAACCUGGCCUUUCCUGGAUGUUUUUUUCGAUCCUUCGCCAUUUGUGCCGCGCAUGCAAGUUUCAGCUCUUCGCUUUCUUGUCUUUGCUUUCAGUUGCAUUCAGUUGCGUUCAGCAUUUUUACGUUCCGUAAGUUCGAUGCUCCUUGAUAUGAUUGUGUACUUCUCGAUCUCGCAGACACACAUAUUUAUACUGUCCGUGUAUUGCUACUAUGAGAGGACUUGAUCUGCUGAAAGUGUUCUGUCCAUCGCUGCAACUAACAUCAGAGUUGCAGUCCCUAUUUCAUUGAGAGAUGCCUCUACGGGGUCAAGUACGGCGUGCAAGGCGGCUGGGACGAGAAAGAGCCAAAGCUGCGCAGCGCUAGGCUCUUGUGC